AUGACAAAUUUAACAGCAACUACAACAAAUACAACUACAACAAGAGGGAUCCCCAAAAUCUCUAAAUUCGAUAAGAAAUUGUCCUUUUUAGGUAAAGGGAUCAGUGGAUAUGUUCAGCUAUACCAAACAAGGAAUCCAUUGGGACUUUCCAAAACACGCGUCUCUUGUACACCCACGCUUUAUGCUGUCAAAGUCGCACUAGACAAGGACUCAGAUGAGUUAUUACACGAGUAUUGCAUCUUGAAAGAACUCGGUUGUCAUCAAAACAUCAUAACUGUUUACAAGUAUGAACCACUGUCGUUCUCAUCUUCCAAAGCAAAAUUAUAUAUGGAAGCAGCUAGAAGUGAAAAUCUCCAUACGAUGCUAAAAGAUAUGCUGAAUCAUAAUGAGCAAGAGUUGUAUUGUAUUUGGAAGCAAAUAGUCAACGGUGUCCAAUACCUUCAUGAACUCGAUAUCUGCCAUCGUGAUUUGAAAUUAGAGAACCUUGUGUUUGACCUAGACUUUAAGUUUAUAAAAAUUAUUGAUUUUGCUACGGCGCAUAAGCUUAAAACUAAAGACGAACUUUCAGUUGGAUUAGUUGGCUCGAAAAAGUAUGCUGCUCCAGAAACAUUUGCCAGUCUCAAGUAUGAUGGAAAGGCUGCAGAUAUGUGGGCAUUGGGCAUUAUCUGCUAUUAUAUAUUCAAUGGACGACGAUUUCCUUGGAGUAUGGCACAUCAUAGUGACGUGGAUUAUAUGGAAUACAAGGAACUGGGGACACUAUUGCCAAUGGAGCAGGUAAAUUCUGAUAAAGUCAAGCAUGUUAUUAGUAACUUGCUACUACCUGAUCAGUUAGAAAGAUAUUCCAUAUACAAAGUCUAUAAAUUCUUGAUAGAAGUCAAAUCUUGUACUUGUGAUACCACUUGUGGGUUCGAUCACCAGCAGACAUUUGGCAAGUAA